GUUUGAGGUCACAGGAAGCAUCCAUGUUGAAAUUUUGGUGACAAAAUUUAGGACCUCAUUUAAACAAUCUAAUAAAUGUCUGUUUUCGUCAGUAUUAUUUUCGUAUUCUCAUAGGUUUUGGAGCUUUUCGAGGGGUUUUGAGUAGUUCUAUAAAAUUCCCGCUAAAUAGAACUUUAUGCGGUGUGGUCGCUUUCUUGUCAAGUAUGACCUCAAACAAUUCGAGACGACCUAUACUUCCGAAAACACAUUCGACUCUAUCUGUUGUUAAUCACAAGAAGUCUACUUCAGGAGUUGAUUCGACUCCAUUAACAAGCGCACCGUCGUCUUCAUCGUCAUCAUUGUCUUCAUUUAGAGCAAUUGCCCCAAAAUCAAAUCAGGAUCACACAGUGAUUAUCACUCCCGAAGUGGUCAAACAAAAUGAGUCUAGUGAAGAUGUUGUUCACUAUUGUGAUAUUGAAUCAAGUAGUCAGGAUUUCAACCCUCUUAGAAACUAUCGUUCAAUAUAUGCUAAUAACGUCGUACCUCGUAGUUAUUUGAGAGUUACGCACCAACGGGUUCUUUUACCGUCUCAUACAAUUCCUCGAACUCCUAUUAACUCUGAUACGCUUCCAUCUGGACCAUCUAGUUCUGGCUUUAAUGUUAAUAAGAAAGGGAGUCUACGUCCAGUGGUUAAGUUUCUACUUCGUAUAGGUUCAGCACUUGUGCGCUCACAGUAUGAGCCAGCGGUUGGUAAAGAAGUAACUCCCCACCAGUUAUUGAGUAAUCGACGUAAACGCAGACGUGUUGAUGAGGAACCAACUCGAUUAUCUACAGAUAAAAUCAGUAUAGAAACUAUCAACAUUUCUCAUUUAGAAUGGAAACCAAAAGCGCGUCAUCCACGUUGGGAAGACAUAUGGAAUUAUUGUCAUCAUUGUCGUUGUCCCUAUGUUCCUACAUCUGCUUUAGAAUUAUUACGACAUCUAGAACGAGGUCACCAGAAACUAGUUAAUGUUAAUUCACUAGUGAUACCUAAAAAAACACGGCUUGAAAAAGUAGAUUGUAAUGAAUGCAUACUUAAUGCAGCAGAGUUAUUGGGCAAUAAACUGAUAAGCCGAUUUUAUAUCCCACUCACUGUAAAUAUCUUCGAUUCCUCUUCAAAUAUAUCACCAUAUACAUGUUUUGUCUGUGGACUAGUGAAUAAGUCUCAACGUUUACUAGAAAAUCAUUUCCAACGCGUGCAUCCACAAUUAACCCCUGGUCGUAUAGAAAAACCAACAGUUACCUUAUGUUCUAUAUGUGGCUUCCCUACACAGACUAAUUUAAUUAGACAUUCUUCUCAUCACUUGCACUCUGAUGUCUCAAUACAUGUAUCAUGUAAAAGUAAUUCGUCAAUACAUAAUAGUGCUCCAUGGUCAGGAUGUGACGCUCACGCACUAGCCUGUCUUAUGCUUUAUCCUACUAUGUAUGCUCGAUUUGGUUUACCUUUUCAUGUUGCUCAUUUUCUCUAUGCAUUAAUUCAACGUAUGUUAAUGGCUCGAAUAAAUCAAUUUGGUGGUUGGAGUGUUCAGUCUUAUACUUUAAGAUGUUGUGCAGCAAUAUCAGCCAUUUAUGGUGAACUUGUUGAUCCAGAUCAAGGUAAACCACUGAUUCAAUCAAAAAUGAGAAUUUUAGAACACAAUAACAGCUUAAAAUCUGUAUUCUCAGAAGCAUCGACUCCUUCAACUGUUUCUUUUUACAAUUCAACUCCCGCACAAAUAAGGACAUGCAAUUCUAAAAGUGCUAUACCUAUUUCCCUAUCAACUGUAUUAGUUUCAUCGUCCUUACCGAUUCAGCCAUGUUUUGCUUCAUCAUCGUCUAGUGUAAAUCUAACUAAUAUAUCAUCAGUGUGUAUUUUACCUAAUUCUUCUCCCAUUACUUCCGUUUCUGAUUUGGUAUCGAAAUCUGUGGCAGGCUCCAUAUUACCAUCUGUUUUAGUUAGUCAACCUACUACAACUCCAUCUGUUUCAGUGAAACAUACUUUGCCUUUUGAACCAAUGCCUCCUGUUUGUGUUACAAUCAGUAAACAGUCUAACCUUUUUAUGCAUGGAAAUACACAAAUCCCGGCUACAACAUCAUCAUGGUCUAUUGUAUCGUCAUCAAAUCCAACUCUUUUAUCUUUCCUCUCUUCCAACCAAUCGAAAAUUCCUAUUCAACCAAAACCUGUCAUACCAGUUUCUGUUGGUUUAGCAUCUGAUAAUUUAUUACAACAACAAUCUUUACUUACUAACAAUGGAGAUAAUACUAUUCGUGUUCAGGUGGGACCUAGUGGUCAAAUUAGGCGAUGCCUGGGAAGUCAACCGCGUAGUUUACCUCGUGUUUUGCCAAUGUUAGAAGUUCCGUGUGAACUGUGCCCUUCCAAUAUUCCAACGGAAACAAUUGUUCAAAGUUUUCACGUUAUGUCUCGUCAUAGAGUUAAAGGUUUACGACAUAUCCCAACAAUUCCUUGUCGUUUAUGUGGUCAAUUAUUUUGGACAAAGGCUGGCGUAAUCCGACACCAACAUGUUAGUUGUGGAUUUUGCGAUGAAAAAGCACUGUGUAAUUCAACUUAUUAUCUACAUGAAAUUAUUAAGCAUCCUCAACACUUCGCCUAUCGGUUGAAUAAAGAUGUGUAUAAUUGUCCACAGUGUUGUCGUGUGUUCUCGGAUAUGGUUUCAUUUAUAAUUCAUUUACAAACUGUACACUUUUUCACUGUACCAGAUGAAAUAAAUAAUAAUAUAUGCAAAUAUGGUUCUACAAGGAAUAAUAAAAUAAAUUUUAAUAAUUUAACAAUGAGUUCAAAAUUAAUUAAUCUUUCUACGUUAUAUUCAUCAUUAUCUAUGUCAACAAUAUCCGUAUCAUAUUCAUUACCGGAUAAUAUUGCUGUAUAUAUAAAGCCCGAAGAAAUACCAUGUUGGAAAUGUUCAGUUUGUAAUGCACAUUUUAUUACCAUUAAUCAUUUAGAUUUACAUAUGGCUCAAUGUGAACUCAAUUUAUCUAGUUUCUUGUUAAUCAAUGACAGUUCCUGAAACUCAGAAAAAAGAUAGUGGGCGAGGCUAGUCAUCAGUACUGGUGUCCUCUAUGUCUAUAUGCAUGUGAACGAGCAAUUUCAUUAUGGAAACACUAUUGCAGUAGUCAUAACAAGGAAUCGGAACUAAAUCACAUUUCUGCAAAAAAUAAAUUUUAUCGAAUUGUUAAACCGCAAUCAAUUGGCGCAACUAAUACUUCUACUUCAAUAACAACAACACCAACGACAUUAUCACCGUCAUCAUCCUUAAGUACAGUUGCUGCAGCAAAAAUUGUUGCCACUCCUUUAAAACAGGGUAGCCAACGCUGUGCUAUUGGUCACUUAUCCCAGUUUCAUGGGUGCGAUUUAUGUCCAGUAUUUUGUUUAACUGUUGACGAUCUCAAUACACAUAAGAAAACAGCUCAUGCUAAUGAAAUGCUGAAAGAGAAUUCAAAUAAUAAUAAUAAUAAUAAUAAUACAAAACAACUUGUUAUAUCUAACACUUCUGACUUUCUCACGACAACAUCGACAUCAGUAACGACUACUACUACAAUUAUUACUUCUACGUUAAGCAAUCAACCUAUUCGAUUGAGCAUUACUACAAGUUCACCAUCUUCAUCUUCAGCGAAAUUCAUUGAUGUUCAUGAUGAUAGUGCCAGUGGUGGUAGUGUUUGUGAUGUUAUCAAUUCAUCAACAUUAUCAAUGUCACAGCAUUCUAAUGAAUCUAGAUUGAGUUUAAAUAGAUUUGUUAAAUGGAUUACCGGUGAACAGCUUAAAUUUGGAAAGUUACUCAGUACCACAGCUAUAAAUAAUAAUACUGAGACAUCGGCUGUUACCAUGGCAACUAGCAGUUUAAAUAAUCAAAUAACUGAUCAAAUCACCAUCAUAGACGAUAAUAACGACGACGACAACAACACUGAUGAUAAACGAGAUGAGCUGAACAAAGGACUGAAUACUAUUGAACAUGAUAACGUCGGUAAUGGUGAGGAUGAGGAUGUUAUUUGUCCAAUGUGUGAAUUUCACAGUAAAUUACGAAGUGAUGUUAUGCAACACAUUAUGGAUUUCCAUUAAUCAAUACUCCAUUUAUUGUUUGUACUUAUUAAUGAUGUAUCAUCCGGUGGCUGUAUAUUUAUGCUUAUAACGGAGAAUAUCGCUGUAUGUUAAUUUUUUGAUUAACUCUUCUCUAUCUUCCUUUCAUGAUAAGCCGAUUUCCUAUAUAUAUAAUUGUACAGUCCCUUUAUUGAUGGAAUUUUGUCAUUUUUACUCGAGAGAAAACGGUGCUCUUUUCUGGAGUUUACAUUUAAUUAUGUCAUUUUUGAGUGAAGUUGUAGUAUUGUAAUGCAUAUUAUUCCGCUUGUAUUCGUUAUAUUUAUAUUUAUAUUUAUUAUUAUUAUCACUAAUGAUGGAUUGUUAGUAGUUGAUUUAUUUUUGUCAAUAUAUGUGAAUAUAUUUUAUUUUUCUAAUCAAAUUACAUGGAGUCGUAAUUUCUAUUAACUUUACAAUUGAAUUGAAUAAUCCUUGUGAAGUUAAACAUACUUAAGAUUCAUUUCCUUACCUUCUAGUUUUUUCUCUUAAAACUGUAAUGUACCAUUUCUUUUCAGGUGAUUUUAUGUUGAUUGCUUUAUGAGUCGCGGUCGUACCUGCUACUUUGACAUAGUUGUCGGGUUCUCAUAUCAUGAUGCUCUGAAAGUAACACCUCUUUUUUAAUCCACAAAUUCCCAUCGCGGGCUGUAAGACGUUAAAAAUACCUAGUUAGUAUAUCAUACAACUUCUGUGUAUUACUGGAGUCGAUUAGUUACCUCUUUGAUCACUAUGACCACACUGCGAGAUCACUAAGAU